AUGUGGCUGAACGACGAAGAUAAAAACUCCAAGUUUUUCCAUAGAGUCGUGCGAGGUAGACAACGACAGAAUUUCAUUUCUUCUGUGGCUACUCCAAAAGGCAGAAAAGAAGAGGUUGAAGAAGUUGAGAGGGGAGUGAGAGAUUUCUUUAAAGAGAACUUCAAGAAGGAGGGUAGUGUUAGGCCGAUAUUCAGUGGGUUGGAUUUCGAAAAGCUUUCUAAUAGAAAUAAUCAGGAGUUGGAGAAAUUAUUUAUUGAAGAAGAAAUUAAGGAGGCACUGUGGAAUUGCAACGGGUCGAAGAGCCCCAGUCCUGACGGGUUUUCGUUUGGUUUUUUUUCAGGAUUGCUGGGAGACAAUUAA